AUGGCCCUUUAUGGGGCUCCAGUUUGGGCGGACUCCCUGCGCAGGAGGGAGAACGCCACCGCCCUUCGCGUGCCCCAAAGGGCUAUCGCUCAACGGGUGGCGCGGGCUUACCGCACAGUGGGCUAUGCAGCCGCUUGCGCACUGGCGGGCACUCCCCCUUGGGAGCUCGAAGCGUGGGUGCUCGCCAGAGUGUAUGAGUGGACGGUGGACCGGAGGGCGCGAGGAGAGCGCCCGGCUCAUGAGGUCCGGGAAGCAGUGCGGCAGGAGGCCAAGGAGGCCAUCGUCCUGCAUUGGGCGGACGACCUCGCUGCCGCAGUCUUUGGCCGACGGACGCUGGACGCCAUCGGGCCGGUCCUCCAGACCUGGCUCGAGCGGCCGUUUGGCUUUCUCUCCUUCCGUCUGGUGCAGCAUCAACGGCCAGAAGACGUCCUCUGCUGA